GCAAGAGCUUCUCAUUAAGAGGGAACUUGGCAGAAGACCAAAGGGUUCCUUCCGAUCUCUGAGAGGCUUCCAGAGAGCACAGAUGGAUGAGCGAGACUCAGCUGGCCCUGGAGCAAGAAGGGGCCAUGCCAACCAAACUGGGAGCAGUGGGGGAUUCUGGGAAAACUCUGUGCAGAAGAUCCUGGGUGAGGAGGACACCCUCCACUCAGAGGUGCGGAUCCAGCAGUUUGGGAGGUUCUGCUGCCAGGAGGCCAAAGGACCCCGAGAGGUUUGCAGCCGACUCUACCACCUUGACCGUCAGUGGCUGAAGCCAGAAAGGCACACGAAGGCUGAGAUGCUGGACCUGGUGAUCUUGGAGCAGUUCCUGGCUGUCCUUCCCCUGGAGAUGGAGAGCUGGGUGAGGGACUGUGGAGCAGAGACCAGUUCCCAGGCGGUGGCCCUGGCUGAAGGUUUCCUCCUGAGUCAGGCAGAGGAGAGAAAGCAGGCAGAGAGAAAGCAGAAAAGGGAUCGUUUUGCAGAAAUGGACCUGGAUUCCUGUGAGGCAGAGAGGCCUCCGUUGGACACCAGAGAGAGGCCACUGGGUGACAGAAUGAUGCCGGCAAAACCUCCUGGUCCAUCUUUUCAUGGAGGCAGAAAGGAAACAGUGGCUGUGGAACCAGAUCAGGGUCCAGUGUGCUUUGAAGAUGUCGCUGUUCGUUUCACGGACGAAGAGUGGGUGUUGCUGGAUCCUGACCAGAGAGCUCUGCAUAAGGACGUCAUGGAGGAGAAUUGUGGGAUCGUGGCCUCUCUUGAUUUUGAUGAAUUGGAAAACAAGAACAAGGAUGAACAUGACAAAACCCACAGAGAGGAGAAGCCACGCAAAAAUUUGGAGUAUGAAGAGAGCUGCAGUCACAGCUCCCAUUCCACUUCCCAACAAAGAAUUCUCAUUGGAAAGAAACCCUAUCAGUGCGUGGAAUGUGGAAAGAGCUUCAGGAAGAACUUCAAUCUCACUUCCCAUCAGAAAUUUCAUGAAGGGGAGAAACCCUAUCCGUGCUUUGAAUGUGGAAAGUGCUUCAGGGAGAGCUCUGAUCUCACUUACCAUCAAAGAAUUCAUACAGGGGAGAAACCCUAUCAGUGCGUGGAAUGUGGAAAGAGCUUCAGGGAGAGCUCCUCUCUCACUUCCCAUCGAAGAAUUCAUACAGGAGAGAAACCCUACCAGUGUGUUGAAUGUGGAAAGAGCUUCAGGCAGAGCGCCAAUCUCACUUCCCAUCGAAAAAUUCAUACAGGAGAGAAACCCCAUCAGUGUGUGGAAUGUGGAAAGAGCUUCAGGCAGAGCGCCAAUCUCACUUCCCAUCGAAGAAUUCAUACAGGAGAGAAACCCUACCAGUGUGUGGAAUGUGGAAAGAGAUUCAGUCUGGGCUUCUCUCUCACUUCCCAUCGAAGAAUUCAUACAGGAGAGAAACCCUAUCAGUGUGUUGAAUGUGGAAAGAGCUUCAGUCAGAGCUUUUCUCUCACUUCCCAUCGAAGAAUUCAUACAGGAGAGAAACCCUAUCAGUGUGUGGAAUGUGGAAAGAGCUUCAGGCAGAGCUCCUCUCUCACUAAGCAUCAGAGAAUUCAUACAGGGGAGAAACCCUAUCAGUGCAUGGAAUGUGGAAAGAGCUUCAGGAAGAGCUCAGAUCUCACUAAGCAUCAGAGAAUUCAUACAGGGGAGAAAACCUAUCAGUGCAUGGAAUGUGGAAAGAGCUUCAGGAAGAGCUCAGAUCUCACUAAGCAUCAGAGAAUUCAUACAGGGGAGAAACCCUAUCAGUGUGUGGAAUGUGGAAAGAGCUUCAGUCAGAGCUCCAGUCUCACUUCCCAUCAGAUAAUUCAUACAGGAGAGAAACCCUAUCAGUGUGUGGAAUGUGGAAAGAGCUUCAGUAUGGGCUUCCGUCUCACUUCCCAUCGAAGAAUUCAUACAGGAGAGAAACCCUAUCAGUGUGUUGAAUGUGGAAAGAGCUUCAGUAGGCGCUCCCAUCUCACUUCCCAUCAAAGAAUUCAUACAGGGGAGAAACCCUAUCAGUGUGUGGAAUGUGGAAAGAGCUUCAGGGAGAGCUCUGAUCUCACUAAGCAUCAGAAAAUUCAUACAGGAGAGAAAUCCUAUCAGUGCUUUGAAUGUGGAAAGAGCUUCAGUGAGGGCUACAAUCUCACUUCCCAUCAGAGAAUUCAUACAGGGGAGAAACCCUAUCAGUGUGUGGAAUGUGGAAAGAGCUUCAGUAGGAGCUACCAUCUCACUUCCCAUCAAAGAAUUCAUACAGGGGAGAAACCCUAUCAGUGCAUGGAAUGUGGAAAGAGCUUCAGUCAUAACUCCUCUCUCACUAAGCAUCAGAGAAUUCAUACAGGGGAGAAACCCUAUCAGUGCGUGGAAUGUGGAAAGAGCUUCAGGAAGAGCUUCAGUCUCACAUCCCAUCAGAGAAUUCAUGCAAAGAAACACUAUCAGUGCAUGGAAUGUGGAAAGAGCUUCAGUCAGAGCUCCAAUCUCACUAAGCAUCAGAAAAUUCAUACAGGGGAGAAACCCUAUCAGUGUGUGGAAUGCGGAAAGAGCUUCAGUCAGAACUCUGAUCUCACUAAUCAUCACAGAAUUCAUACAGGGGAGAAACCCUAUCAGUGUGAGGAAUGUGGAAAGAGCUUUAGUAUGAGCUACAAUCUCACUAAGCACCAGAGAAUUCAUACAGGAGAGAAACCCUAUCAGUGCGUGGAAUGUGGAAAGAGCUUCAGUCAGAGCUCCUCUCUCACUUCCCAUCACAGAAUUCAUACAAGGGAGAAACCCUAUCAGUGCGUUGAAUGUGGAAAGAGCUUCAGGAAGAACGCCCAUCUCACUUCCCAUCAGAGAAUUCAUACAGGGGAGAAACCCUAUCGGUGUGGGGAAUGUGGAAAGAGAUUCAGUUGGAGCUCCGGUCUCACUUCUCAUGAGAGAAUUCAUACAGGGGGAAAACCCUAUCAGUGCGUGGAAUGUGGAAAGAGCUUCAGGCAGAGUUUUGAUGUCACUAAGCAUCAGAGAAGUCAUACAGGGGAGAAACACUAUCAGUGUCUGGAAUGCGGAAAGAGCUGCAGUACGAGCUCCGAUCUGACUUCCCAUCAAAGAAUUCAUACAGGAGAGAAACCUUAUUGGUGUGUGGAAUGUGGAAAGAGCUUCAGUCAGAGCUCCUCUCUAACUUCCCAUCAAAGAAUCCACACAGGAGAGAAACCCUAUCAGUGUGUGGAAUGUGGAAAGAGCUUCAGGCAGAGCUCCCAUCUCACUAGGCAUCAGAGAAUUCAUACAGGGGAGUCAACUCUCCAAAGCUGUCGCCAUGAGCAGAGGACACCUGUUUUUUAAGAUGAAAUUUGGACUUAAUUAACAGGCAUGCUUUGAAGUAGGGGAGAUAAAAUUAUCUACUAAUUGAAUCAGCCAAGUUUUUGAUCUAAAGAAGGACUUUCAUUGUAAUUGGAUCGGUGUGUUGGGGGAGGUGAGCCUCAAUUAUUUUCUUUUGAUAUAUUUUGCAUUUGCUGUUUUACUCGGCAAAUCUCCUCCAAAAGGUUAAGAUUUUGAAAUAUGCAAGCGGGAUUUAAAGAGUAUUUUGUUAUUGUUAUGGUUUAACUUCAAAAUAGACUGUCUGAAAUUUUGACUGAUUCUGGCAACGACCCUCAAUGGAAUGAUAAAAAGAAUUCUUGACUGCAGUUAUUGUGUUUUCGCUGAGGCAUCAACGGUUUAGUAGCUGGAAUGAGAUCACAGAAGGGAAUUUUGGAUAUCUGCCCGGGGAUAAUGGCAGAAGGCUAAACCUCCCUUUGUCUUGGAUGUGACGCACUGAGAUUUGCCCUUGUGGGCAGAACCCGAAAGUGACAUUGCUGAGGACUUUGGAAAACAACAGGGGGGAAAGAAGAAAAUAUUUCAUACAGAAUUAUAAAGGACUAACCCGCUUGCUGAAUUAAUGGAGGGAUUAUUUGAAUACGAGCGAAAGUUGAGUGGGCUUGUGGCUGUUAAAAUAAACAAAACAUAAAUGAA